AUGGCUGACGUUCCUCUUCCUGAAUGUCUUCCAAAGCCAGAAGAACCGACAGCCCCAGCACCACAACAGACUAAGACUAAACACUUACAUUUUUCAAGCUUGACUUUUUACAAUUUGAAUUUUGUUGCUGAAUUCAGUAAAAAUAAUGUUUAG